UGCGCUGGAGACAGUAGGGCUCCAUGGGCACACGGUAGGGCUCAUGGGCACGGGGUGGGGCUCAUGCACACAGUAGGGCUCCAUGUGACAGGGUCUACAUGCCCAAACCCCAGCAGUGGGGGGGGGGAUGUCACAGACAGACUGACUGUCUCUGGUACCUGGAGAAUCCAGCCACAGGCCAGAAUCUUUACUGAUGCCCUGCAUAGAUGCAGCUGGUCUCUUCCAGGCCAGGGGUCUGUAACUGACUCUGUGCCUUGGACACCCUCUUCACGCCCCCACUCCUCAGUCUGGAGAAGCCUGCAGACAGACCCUUCCCAGAAUGAUGGCUUUAAAUGCAUAAAACAGAAUGCAGGGGCAUCUAAAGGAGGCUGGUACUUGAUUUGUGAGCAGAGAGACGUGUGUCUGGAGCUAUCAUCAUGUGCUCUUCUGAGAGCCCCAAAAUCCUCUACAGGAAUCCCAGGCUCCUCCGGUUAGCUUUUGUACAGCUCCAUCACCAGCAGCGGAGUGGCGUAUUCUGUGAUGUUCUUUUGCAGGCAGAAGGUGAGGCAGUGCCAGCUCACUGCUGCAUCCUCUCAGCCUGCAGCCCCUUCUUCACUGAACGCCUGGAGCGAGAGCGGCCUGCCCAGGGCCGGAAGGUGGUGUUAGAACUGGGGGGCCUGAAGAUUGGCACUCUCCGAAAGCUGGUGGAUUUCCUCUACACCUCAGAGAUGGAAGUCUCCCGGGAAGAAGCCCAGGAUGUCCUUUUGGCCGCCCGCCAGCUUCGGGUGUCAGAACUAGAGUCGCUGCAGCUGGAAGGUGGAAAGCUGGUGCGGGCAGCACAGGGCAGGCGCUUGAAUCGGGAAUGCUUGCAGCCCCCACCCAGCACGCCAAUCUCUGCCCGGGUGGUGGGACCCAGCCGUCGCCCCCGAACUCCCCUGCCUCCUCCCCAGGCUGCCUGUACCCCUGGCACUGGGAAGCCGAAACCCUUGGGGAAGGAAGAUGCUCAGGAGGAAAGCAAAGGGCAGAACACAGAGAACUUGGCAGGCCCCUUUCCAACGAAGGGGAAACCCAGGAUCUGCCCUCCCACAGAGGUAGAAAGCUCUUCACCUAAGGACCAGAGUCAGGAACCCAAGGAGAACAAGCAGGUGCCAGGCCCCGUGGCUGCCGAGCUCCUCCCGCCGAGCCCCACUGUGGAUGAACCUCUGUUGCCCAGGAAGAUUAGGUUGAGCCGCUCAAAACUCUCUCCUGAUGUUUGUCCAGCCAAGUCCCUCAGCACCGUAACAGGGCCCCGUUCAGCCCCCACGCCACCCAGCCGCCGACUCUGGCGACAGAAGACCUCAAGUAAGGAGGUCACAGAAGAAGAGCAGGGGCCAGGAAAGGCCACCCUUCUAGAGGGUACUUCUAGUCCUUCCCUUCCCACCAAGGUGGGGGGAAAUAAGAAGCGGAGCCCUGAGGCUAGGGCCCAUAGCUCAGACUCUGCAGAAGAAGGGCAGGUGGGGCGAGUCAAGCUCCGAAAGAUUGUUAAUGGGAGCUGCUGGGAGGUGGUCCAGGAAUCUCCUUCCAGGGAUUCUCAGGAGAGCCAGCCAACCCCAGGACCAGAGGGAGAAUCUGCAGAGGAGACUCAGGGGCCGGGGAUGGUCCUCAUGGAGGAAGAAGACAAGCCGUCUGUUGAAAUCGGUCUGUGCCCAUUAGAUUCCCCAGCUUGUUCCGGGCUCCAGGAGACGCUGCUGCCCACCAUUCAGUUUCCAGAGCAGGCAGUGGUGAAGACAGAAUUCCCAGACAUCAGUGACAUGGUGGAGAAAGAGGCCGAAGCCCUGUUGGGUGGAGACUGCAGGGAGCCCUAUGAGUUUGUUCCUUCCUUGUUGGGUCAGCCUUGUGAAGCAGAGGAAUACCGCAUCACCAGCGCAGCCGCCACCAGCGAGCUCGAGGAAAUCUUGGACUUCAUGCUUUGUGACUCUGAUAUCGGCCCUUCGGUAGAUUCCCUGGAGAGUCCCAGGGCUGGAAACUCGAGGACCCCCACCUAUCCCCUGACUGAGCCUGAAAAGAACUGGGUGGAAGGAGAAGAAUGGUGUUUACCAGACGUGGAGCUGUGGCCAAGAGAGUUUGCUGGACUAGAGAAGGACCCGGUCAAAAUCAGAGAGGAGAAGGUGUCAGUGGAGCCUCUUAGCCCCCUCGUGGCCUCUCAUGUGAGUGAAGGGGAAGGACUAGCUGUGUCCACCACAUGGACUUCAGAGCCUGGAACGACCAGCACCCAGCCAGAUGGGCAGGGAGAGAAAUUGCUCUGUACACAGUCCCCCGUCCACUUCCACACACCCUACGGAGACCUGUCACCUCCCUGCUCCAGCUGGGUGGACACUAGUUACGGGAAACCCUCUGUCACUGAUGAUACACUAUACCCGGAAGGAGACUCAGUAGUGGCAUGCCCAGAGAUCAAGGAGGAGGAGCUUGAGGACUCAGAGAAGCUAGGACUGUCCCCUGGUAGCCUGGAAGAAGAAGGAGAGAUCGAUGUAGUGGACUGGACAGCACGGGUUGGGCAGGUGCCCUUCCACGGCCUCUCCGUGUGGCCCGACCCCUCCUCGGAAUCGGAAACGGAGGUGGAUAUCUUGACGUAGUUGGGGUGUCCACUGAGGGGAAGUUAUUCACUGAGGCUAGUAAGAGCUCCGGUGACAAUAGAGGGUGAACCUGAGCAUGUGAAUGAGGCAGGGACAUGCCACUCCCCCAGGGGCUCCUCGCCCACCUUCCUUUUGCUCUGGAAAUCGGCACAGGACGAGGAAUACUAGCCUGGGUAGGAAGUAUUUAUUUACUAAGGUGCGUUUCCAUCUCUUGUUCCACGGUGAGGGCUCGUUCUGCCUUACCUUGGAAUAAGGAAAGGAAGCCCACGGCAGGUACUUAGUGGUUUCGGAGCUAAGAGUGUGGACCUCCUACCUAGGGCCUGGUAGGGAUGCCUUAGUAACAGCCAAUGCAGGCAAAAGGAGGUGGGGGGCAGGCAGCCCGUGGUAGGUCUUGCAGAGCAGAAGGAGGGGGGGUAGGGGAAUGGCCCCCCCAUCUGGCUAGUCCUUCUUCCUUGACAUUCUCAGGUGUUCACCCUCGGGUUGUCUCGAUAGCUCUGCUGGAGACCCAGGGGAGACCGUUGCUUCACUUCCAGGAAGUGGGUUUAGAGGAGGUGCACUUCACUUGGAAUAAACCGUUUUAA